AUGGCCCCAAGAGGGCGCGAGGGCAAGGAGAGUGCCUGGGUGAAAAAGGCUCCUGCAGGAGCCGCCCCAGCCGAUAAAGUCAAAGAGCCCGAGAAUGGGGAGGACAGGGAAGGAGUCUCCAAGGGCAGGGAAGGUGGGAAAGGAAAGGGGCGGAAAGGCGAACGACCCCGGCGCGAGGCCCGAGGGGAGGAGGACGGUGACGGAAAAAGCAAGGGGAGAGGUAAAGGGAAGCACAAGAAGGGCGCUGGGGCCGAGGCUUCCUAUGCGGAGGGCCCGAACUCCGGCGAUGAGGAGGAGAUGGACGAGCAUGCCGCCGCCAUCAUGAAGAUGCUGAGGGCGGGCGGGCCGAAAAUCAUCCGCUACGAGAAGGGGCAGCUGCUGUCGAUCUCCCGCCUGGCGGCCUCCAACGUGAAGCCGGACCUGGACCCUUUGAUUGACAAGGACAACAAGGACUCGGUCCUCCUCACGAGAAUCGCCACCGGCCGGGAAAAGCACGAGGAGGGCGAAGGCGCCCAGCAGGGCGAGGAGGAGGGCAGCAGGCGGAGGUCGAAGGCCACGGGCGCGGGCCGGGAUGCUGACGUCGACAGAGAGGCCGCCCCGGCAGCCGCGGAGCUCACGGAGGGUGAUGCAGCCGCUGCCGAGGAGGACGAGGAAGGGAAGAAAGCCUUCGAGAAGUGGCUCGGGCGCAACAUGCCGAAAUUGGAGGCAAUGAGCAAAGCGACACCUUCCUCAGGUAGUACCAAUUGGAGCUCGACUCUGUCUGCCGCUGCCCUGAGCGCAGGCAAAGCUGGCUCCAGCGCCAGUCCUACCGCCGCCCAGGCCGCCCUCCUGCAACAGCAGGCCCUGGCCAACUCCCUGGACGGCCGAAAUGCGGCCCACGCCAUGCAGGCUGCAGCCUACAUGCAGGCCAUGACCCAGAUGCAAGCUGCAGCUGCUGCGGCCAGACAGAGUUCCUACAGCCAGAUGCCAUGGAAUUCGUAUAAUGCGUAUAUGAAUCCAUACAUGAAUGCCUACGGCAGUGGGUAUGGCUCCCUUGAUCCCUACACAGCCCUACAACAGCAGGCAGCUGCAGCGAACCUCUCGGAGGCGAUGCAGGCGAAGCUCGCUGGACAGCUGAACCAGCUUGCGACAUCGCAAGCUGCACGGAAUAUGGCCACCGUCGUCAAGGCAGCGGCCCAGGCGAAGCUCCAGGCGGCCAAGGCGGUUCCCAAGACCCCAGGCGGCGGCGGCGGCCCGGCCGCUAAGGCGGCCUCGAAGGCGUCGGCGCCGAAGUCCGCUCCGGCUCCGAAGCCACAGGCCUCGCCGAAGCAGCGCCCGGCGGCCCCGAGCGCCGCAGGGCUGGUGGUGCCGAAGAAGCCCAGCGCCCCGAGUCCGAGUCCCGCUCCGAACUUCUCGGCAGCGGGCGUCCCCGCAGAGGCGCCGGCGCCCAAGGCGGAGGCGGUCCCGAAGAGCGCCCCACCUGAAGGGGAGGCCGAGGACGAAGCGGGCUGCUCCCAAAGCUGA